AGACCCCCCACGCCACACACAAACCUGCAACACGCGCAAGCAGGUCAGCAGUGCAUACUGAGGAGCAGCCGUGGCUGCCAUGCAUCGCAUCAGCAAAACGCGCCAAGCGUAACGUACCGCUGGGCAUAGCGACGUGGUGGGUGGUUGACCCAGCGACUGGGCCGUCGCGACGCCGCACAGUCAAGCGAGCGCAGCCGUCGUCGGACGCACAGAUGCGCCGCAAUUCAUCGCGCGGAAGCGCGUCGCCGUCGACGUACCGCGGCGGCAGCGGCCGCCGGCGCAAGCGCCGGUCGAACCGCCUCGCGAAGUGCGCCGCGUUUAUAGUGGGCGCGUACGCGCUCGUCGCCUCCUUGUUCUACUACCGCGCGACGCAUCACCAUCAAGAGGGACCGCAGCUCCGAGGCACAAAAAAGCCACCACCACCGAGACGCGCGCGCGUCGCCCUGGCGCUGCCGUUCGUCGGGCCGCGCCUUCCUCCCUUCUUCAAGGCCUUCGCGCGGUCGUGUGGCAACGCCAUCGGGGCUGUCGACGUGCUGCUGCUGUUGAGCGAUCCUAGUGCUGUCCCGGUCGAAGCCCGAGAGUCGCGACCGCCGUGGCUGCCCGACAACGUGCACUUCGUGAAGGUCGGUGCAAAUAGAUUCGCUCGGUUACAUGCGAGAAUUCCGUAUCCGCGCGCAAGGCAGAUCUAUCCCGGAGACGAAGAUAUCGAUGAAAGAAGGGAGCCUUUAGCAGCUGCCUUACGAGAUGCCUUCAUCCGGAAUCCAAGACAACUCGUCGAGUUCAAGCCGGCCAUCGGCGUCGUCUUCCAGGAGUAUCUGAGGAACUAUAGUCAUUGGGCGUUCGGGGACUUUGAUAUCCUAAUGGGCGACAUGAACGCUUUCCUGGACGAGGACGAGUUGCGAGCGUUCGAUGUGGUGUCUUUUGGUUUUGGCGAUAGCUGGCGGGCCUACGCGCGGGGCCAGUGGACGCACCACAAGAAUCUACCGCAUGUGAACGCUGCUUAUAGUUACUGUUCGUUCUUGGGCGCGGCGCGCUUGGAAGAUCGGUUGCUGCGAGGCGCCCACUACGAGAGCGCCGAAGGUUGUUAUUCUACGGCAUUAGCACAGGCGUCGUUGAGGUUCAAGAUCACGACAAAACACUUCACCGAUGCCACGCAAAAAGGCGACAAAGACGCCGCCUGGUUAGCUGAGAGUGAGAUACGACGGUGUGCGGGCGACGAGGACGACGAGGGCCGGCAUUGUAGGCCUCUUGCACCUCGCACACCUAGAGAGAAGCGGUCGAACCAGAACCGCUGGGAGCGGGUUCGACGAUUGCCGGUCGGUGCGAAACGAUGCAUGAACUGGGUGAAUCCGGCCUACCAGACUUGUUUAGAGGGUGGCGAUUAUGAUGCGGGCGACACCGUGGUCCUAGAUGCGGACGGCGCGUACAAACGAAAACGGGGGCCGGUCGACGCGCUGCGCGUGCCCGGGACUUCGUUCUCCGUAGCGGCCUUCUUCCACGUCCAGGAGUGGAAGAAGAAGUGGCGGAGCUUCUCCGUGUCGUGGGUCGCUACGUCCGAUACGAUUCUGGGCACGCGCUUCGGACUCGUGCCCGUGCCGCCCCUGACGCCUCUAGGCGUGGACAAGGCCAUCGCUCAAAGGCUGCGCGACGCGAGAUCGGUGGAAUACUGCGCCUUCAAGGCCUGCGAGGGCAUACCCCGGGCGUUCCAGCGCGACGACCUGCGGUGGGCCCGCUCCGGUAGUGUUGGAGUUGGCCCGUUCCGCAACUCGGGUGAGGAGGGCGUCGGUUUGGUGGUCGUGGCGUCUUUACUGAGGAAAGACCUCGAUGCGAAAUUACUAAGAGUGAAGGAGAACGCCUGCGGGUGGCCGGGCCCGUCGAUUGUUGUCUUAGCGGCGGAUGAAGGUGGAUGGGACGUGAGCGUGGAAGCAUUUAGAGCUUGUCCUCGGACGGUCCUACUAGGAAGGAUUGGAGACGACGACGGCGAAAGUCUAGAGAAGGCCCUGGCGAAUCUAGGGCUGGAGUCGUGCCCGUGUAGGAGGUGCUUAGUACUCCGAGGCGACGAGCACUUGUCUUCCAAUACGUACGAGGCCAUCUCUCAUAUGGAAGUGGCUAUGGGCACUACCCUCAUAAUUCCGGAGUUUAGAUCUGAAAGUGUGCCGACUACAAUGGACGAAUUACGGUCGUUGGUACGGUCGGGACGCGCGCAAGCGGCGCCGGCGAACCGCUGUCCCGAAACGACGCCGGCCCUCGCCACGAAGAAAUAUGAAAAUUGGUGGGGCGGCGUCGAAGGCGUCGUCGACACCUAUCAGAAUACCUUUGAAGGUUCAGAGAGGGCUCUGGCGUGGCAAGCCUCAGGAGCGCUCGUCGUCCUGGACAGUGUCGACGCGCGGGGCGACCGGCGCUUGGUGAGGGAGGUCGAGGAGCACCGGGGCCCCGGCUGCUACGACGGGCUACUGGCGCGAGCUUUGGCCACCCAACACGCGGACGCGUUCGCCGUCGUGCCUCAGGCGUUCGCCGUGGCGGCGCUCUACGUGGUAAAUGGGACGGCGCCCUGCGGCUGCCGGCCCGGCGUCGAAAAUCAGCCGCCCACCAAAACCAUGCGCCGCUCCGUCCGGGAUUAUGAUGCUUAUCUGGUGCGGGCCGUCGGCGCGCGCGGCGACGCCGACGACGAGGCACGCGCGCGCGGGCUGUGAUUUAUCUCUAUCUUGUGUUUAACUAUGAUCGCUCUG